AUGUUUGUUGAUGUGCGCACGGUCGGACUGAAGCGACUAGGCAUGAACUACACCUGGCAGUUGCUGCCUCCCAUUGAGGCUGGCAAAGAUUGUGUCAACAGAUUGGCCAUGGUGAGCUUUGGGCCCAAGGAGCCUCCCUUUGACAAGUUCCCAGCUCCGCCCAUCAGGGCACUCUUCGAGGCCGAGCUACGCACCCAUCCGCCCACCAGGUUCCUCAACAUGACGGGGUGGACCAUUAGCCUGCAGAACAUGUCUUGCGACGAGCGCAAGGUUAUCAAGCAUUGGAACCACAGCAAAAGCAUUGAUGUCUUCCCCACGGAAGAGCCCGAGUGCCUCGGAUCUGACAGCAUCACGUGGGAGCCCAAUUUGGAAGGCGAAUUUGACCUCAACGAGGUCGGAGGUUGUGACACAGCUGCCAGCAACGCAUGUGUUUGCGCUGCACUGACCAAUUGCGAGUGGGCAACAGGUGUCAGUGGAGUACCUCGUUGCGUGUACACUUCUCGACCUGGAGUACCAUGUGAGGCAUGCGCAAAUCAGCCCCAAUGCGUCAUCACGCCUGAGAAGCAGUGCGAGAUGAAGUCGACACCAUGUGCAUGCGUGCUUGGUGGUGGUGGGUGCAACUGGGACAUGUCCACAAGUAGAUGCUUCUUCGACGUCACCGCUAGCACACCCUGCAUUGCCUGCCCGCGGCAGUGGUUCUGCAGCCUGCCAGAAGUCAGGAGUAAGCAGCCUGAGAACCUUGCCGUGAUGGGGCAGGAAGAAGUUGGCUGGUGGAUCAAUGUCUCGUUUGACAGGGACAUUGAGUUCCUCCGCGUAGGCCUUGGGUCUGGCAUCAUGUUGCAGUGUCGUUCGAAGCGACCGGGAGAUUGGGCACCGACCUUUGAGUUGGACUACGGGCAGUUGGUCAUCGAGGGAGAAGUUCUUCACAUCAAUGUCCAGGGUUUACCGAACGAGGAGACGCGAGAUUGCGAUCUUGUGAUCUCCAACAAUGCGGUACGCGGUUCAUCGGCAUUGCUUCCCUUCGAUGGCUUAGAGGACAAUGUUAUUUUCGUCACGAUUCCAGAUGGGAUCCCUCCAGAGGUAGUAAACUUUGAUCCACCGAACAGCGCGCGGGGUGUUUCGCUUGCCACGACAGUUCAUUUCCACUUCAACGAGAACAUCAAGUUCUACUCCACUGGCGUGCUGGAGCUGUACAUCCUUGGUGGAAACAGAACUGAUCGCGCGGCGGAUGUUAAGAUCGCGGAGAUCUCCGUCUGGGACGAGGCGGUGGCAAUCGACAGGGACACGAGGCGGACCCUUCACGUGCAGCUGACUGGGCUUCUGAGCACCACCACGUACUAUUCGCUCACUAUUCCAGGGAAGACGAUCAGCGACAGCGCCAACAACCCGUUCCCAGGCAUUGAGCGUGGAGUGUACAUCUUCCAGACUGGUGCGGAAGAGAUUGUGUCCCAAAUUGAGGACAACUCCGAAGAACAAACCCUGACCUUCACUCUGGUGCUGGCGUCUGUCGGUGUUCUGAUUCUGGGUGUGGCUCUCGUGGCCGGAUAUUUGGUUCUCCAGACGGUGCGGAAAAGCAGGAAAAGGGCUCGUGUCGUUGCUCGACGUGAUGAGAAGAUGGAGGCGGCGCCGGAGUCCAACAACGCCUUCGACGCAGAGUCGCCCAAGGUUGCAGAGCUCAGCCAGCUGGAUGAAGAGUGGCCAAUAUCAUUGGGAACUCCAUCUUCUCCGUCGGCGAGCUCUCCAAAGGCAAGCUCUCUCUCUCCAAAGACGGUGCAAAGUACCGGUCAGCUCCUGUCGCCACAGAUGUCGCCGAAAGCACGCCCGGCCGUGCAGGUCUUCUCCAAGCCAGAGGAGUUGAAGACCCAAGUGCAUGACCAGUUGCGGCAUGCUGGCACUGUCGUUAGCCUCGCUGACUUGCAUGUCAAGAGCAACUCCAUGAUGAGGACCAUAGGCGGCAAGGUAGAUGACCGCAGAUCAAGCCACCCGGCUGCAUACUGUCGAUUCGUCCGGAGGAUCCAGGCCCACUACCAGCGGCUCCGUCACUGCUCCUUCGUCGCCCGUGGCGAGAAGGCUGCGUCUGCCUCCAAGACUCUGGAAGGAUGUGGCUGGGCAGUUGACUGGGCAGCACUUUGCGUUGCGAACUUCGACUUAUGGGAGACGAAUAGCCAGUUUAAAGUGAUCAUCUCCGCAGGAAAUUGUGAGCAGUGUCCGCGCAUCUCGCAGAUGUACGUCCAGCACCUCGGCAGUACUUGGAUCUACAGCAACGUAAAGUACAGGAUCAAUGCUGGCAUCGCAGAGGUCAAGUUGGACGACCCCAUCACUGGAAAUGGAUUGACCAACAAGACAGUUUCGGCUUUGAUGGACAUCUGUGUUGAACUCCAUGGAAGGCCCGAUGUAAAGGUCGUCGCGUUCACAGCCACUGGUCUGCACUUCUGCAGUGGCGGAGCCUUCGGUGGGGACGUCUCUUCAGACGAUGCUGCGUAUGCGCCAAAGAUAGAUCCAGGAUCCAGUGACUUCGACAUGGCUCUAGCAUCCAACUUGCUUCUUGGCAAGCUGCUAUAUCUGCUGAAUACACUGCCGCAGUACAAGGUGGCAGCAAUUCGUGGCUCGACAAUGGGUGCGGGCAUCAGCAUCGUUGCUUCCAUGGACUUCGUGGUCGCCCCGCAGAACAGGACGAUGCUGAAGUUCAAGGAAGCCACGCGUGGUUUGGGAGCGUGCUGCUCCUGGCAGGGGAUCAUCGCAAAGAUAGGUGUGGCGAAACUGCGGCUGUUGUGUAUGCUGGCAGAGGAUGUAGAUGUAACUCAAGCCAAAGAGCUUGGGCUUGUCGAUGAGAUCCUAGAUGGUCCCUUCUCCAAAGCGGACGAGUAUGCGUUGACCCAGGCCAAAGCAGUCGCUAGACGCAGCUUGGACGACCGUGCAAGUCUCAAGACAACAGGCGAGCACCACUGCCUAGUGCCGCUGUUUCCGAUGCCUGCUGGGUCACCGCCGCAGCAAGGCGUUGACGUCCACGUCCAGCAGGCGCUGAAGAGACACCCUGGCCGAGCCUCCCCUGCGCGGCUUAGCCCUGAGGGUUGGCCACACAAGGCUGUCAAGGUCUUGAUGACUGGACAGCAUGUUGCUUCGCUGCAUCUCUUCCCAGAUGACGUGGAUGCACUGCUGGCUGGUCUGGUGGACGCGCUCGCAGAGUUGCACCGAAGCGUGGGCAAGGUGCGGCUUCUCCAAAUCGAGAUGCCAAGCGGGGGAUGCUUGAACGCUCGCUUGCCUCCUGCUCUUUCGGAUCGAUUCCGCGAGGUCCUGGUGCUGUUCCACAUGCUGCCCAUGUUUGUGUGGGGUACGGUGCACGGAGAAGCAUCUGGACUGGGUCUCGUGCUUUGCUCGACCUUUGAUGCCGUGGUGGCGGUGGAGGCAAGCUUUGACUUCUCCAACCUCUCACUUGAGUGUCCUGGUGUCGCAGAUUUCCUUUGUCCUCGCUUGAAGGAGGCCAUGCUGCCGAUGGGGAACCCCGUGUCAGCUGAACGGGCGAAGGAACUUGGACUUGUCUACGAGGUGGUCCAAAACGAUCAGCAAGCAAAAGACCUCUUGGCGAGGACCUGCAGCAAGCUCUCAGAGUGUGCGCCGAAUGCGGUCGCGCAAUCCAAGAUGUUCAUACAGAAGAUUGGGAGCACGCCUAUGGAGCCUCAAGUCCUUGAAGAGCUUGCUUGUCACAUCGCACAUCGCAUUCAAGACCCGGAGUUUCAGGACUCGAUUAGGCAGAUUGUGGACAAGGGCCACUUGCCGGCGUACAAUCGGCCGGCGAGCAGAGUGGUUCCAGAGCAUCUGCUUUCAGCGAACCAGGAUGACCCCCGGGCAGAGGUCGGUGGUGAGGAGCUGUGCUGGGAGGCCGAUGGCACAGUUCUCAUAUGA